UGUAAUAAUGAUUUUAGAAAGAAGGGUUAGAGAUUAAGAUGAAAAAGUAUAGUCAUGUGACCUAAAUCACAUGACUUGAAUGUCUUGCCCGCUUCCAUACCAAUAAGCAUAAUGUAAGGCGGCUCUUACCUCCCUGAUUUCCCCCUCGUCCUUCCAUAUAAAAUAGUGAAUGAAUUAGGAUUUUAUUUUCCCCCAUUACAUAAAAAGAUGUCUUCAAUAACUACGAAAGAAGUUUUUGGCUACGCUAAAGAUGGGACGACCGUUGAGAGAAUAACAUUGAAGAAUGCUUCUCGAUCUGCUGAAGUUGAAAUAUUGACUUUUGGAGCUAUUAUAUCAAAAAUUAUAGUUCCUGAUAAAAAUGGUGACAUGAAAGACAUUGUGCUUGGCUUUGAAAAUGUUAAAGGAUAUGAAGAUCAGGAUUUGUACAUUGGUGGUAUAAUUGGCAGAGUGACUAACAGAAUUGCAAAUGGGCAGUUUACAAUUGAUGGAACCACAUAUAAACUAGAUGUUAAUAGUGAUCCAAACACUCUUCAUGGAGGUUUUAAUUGUUUUGAUAAGGUGCACUGGAAACCUUCUAUUGAUGGGUCCAAAGUAUCAUUGACAUAUGUUAGCCCUUGUGGACAGAGUGGUUUUCCAGGUGAACUGACCAUCACCGUGACCUAUGAACUUACUGAUGACAACUGUCUCAAAGUUGACUACAUGGCUACCACAACAAAAGCAACACCAAUUAAUCUUACCAACCAUGCUUAUUUCAAUCUUGGUGGACAUGGAAUAGGUAACCUUUCAAAGCAUUGGUUAAUUGUUCCUGCAGCUCAUUACCUACCUGUUGAUAAAAACUGCUUGGUAACAGGAGAAAUUCGACCUGUUGAUGGAACACCUAUGGAUCUAAGAAAACAAGUUCUUCUGAGUGAAAAAUUCAAAGAACUUCCUGAUGGUUAUGACCAUACAUAUUGCUUUGGAAAUCUUGAGAAAAAACUGAUAGCUUUGGUGUGGCAUGAAGAGACUGAACGAAGCCUCAAAGUUUCAUCUACCCAACCUGGAGUACAUGUGUACACUGGUUAUUUCCUUAAUGGUCCAGUAGGUAAAGACGGUGCAGUCUAUAAAAAAUAUUCUGGACUUUGUUUGGAAACACAACACUAUCCUAAUAGUGUUAAUGAACCUAAAUUUCCAAAUACAGUUUUAUACCCUGGGGAGACCUUUCGGCAGACAACUUGGUUCCAGUUUGGUGUUCUCAAUGAAGCCCAGUACAACAGCCUAAUCAGUCAAUUUUAGCCAUACCUGUUUAAACUUAAAUCAUUUAUAUGAGGGCAAAGAAAAACUAAUUUGGUGUUUCAUUUUUUUGCACAUAUUUAGCAGGGGUUAAAAUAACUAAUUUAUUUAGGUUUUUCAUUUUGUAUACUCAAAUGGCAGUAAAUUUGAUCUGGGUUUAAUUUUUUAAAUUAAAAAUGGAAGAUAUAAAGCAAAUCUAUCAGUUGCCUAAAUUCUGCAUGUACUGUAUAUCGUCGUCAUCGUCAUCAUUUAACGUCCGCUUUCCAUACUAGCAUGGGUUGGACGAUUUGACUGAGGACUGGUGAAACCAGAUGGCUACACCAGGCUCCAAUCUGAUUUGGCAGAGUUUCUACAGCUAGAUGCCCUUCCUAACGCCAACCACUCAGAGAGUGUAGUGGGUGCUUUUAUGUGCCACCGGCAUGAGGGCCAGUCAGGCGGUACUGGCAACGACCACGCUUGAAAUGGUGUAUUUUACGUGCCACCUGCACAGCAGCCAGUCCAGCGGCACUGGCAAUGAUCUUGCUCGAAUAUGUAUGUAUAUGUGUGUGCGUGUGUCUAUAGAUAUAUGUAUAUUCAUUUUACACGAGCGUGCUUGUGUGUGUGUGUGUGGUAUGAACAUGUCUCUACAUGUAUAUGUCUCUACAUGUACAUGUCUCCUUCAACAUACACACAUACACAAGAGAGAGAAGUUGCAUAGAUGUAGGAGGCAAAGGGUUGUGGUGGGAGUAGGGAUAGCUUCCUCGAAUUCCGUUGUUUUUUUCCUUUUUUUUUCACUUUCUUUUUUUUUUUUUUAUCAAGAAACAUAACUAACAAAUGGAAGAAGACAUAGACAGGCAGACGCUGGGUGGGGGGACACACGCAUGGAUUGUGGAUGUAUCAGAAGACAGAUAGACAGAGAGACAUGUUAGGUAGAAGCCAAAGACAUGGGAAGACGGUACCGAAAUAAAAGAAGAAGAAUAAGAAGAAAAGAAAGAAAGACAGAAGACACUGUAAGGAAAGUAAAAAAAAAAAAUAUAGGUCAGACAUAGACAGAAGUAAGACAUGAAGAAGGAAAAGAAAAUGUCCAGAUUUCUUUAGAAUAUUUGUUGCGACAUCUG